AUGGGCGGCAAUACAAGUAAAGUCACCGCCCAGGACAAGGCAAUCCUAGACAUGAAGCUCCAACGCGACAAGCUCCACCAGUACCAGCGCCGCAUCACCGUCCUUACAGAUAAAGAGACGGCCAUCGCGAAGCAGAUGCUCGCAAAGGGCGACAAACCGCGCGCCUUACUCGCCCUCCGCCGCAAGAAAUACCAAGAGUCCCUCCUGCAAAAGACAGACGCCCAGCUCGAGCAGCUCGAGAAGCUCACAUCGUCGGUCGAGUUCGCCAUGAUCCAAAAGGACGUCGUGUUUGGGCUGCAGCAGGGUACCAAGGUGCUCAAGGAGAUACACUCCGAGAUGGGCGGCAUCGAGCACGUGGAGAAGCUCAUGGGUGAGACGGCUGAUGCUAUCGCUUACCAAAGGGAAGUCAGCGAGAUGCUCGGCGGCCGUAUAUCAGUCCAAGACGAAGAAGAAGUCGAAGACGAGCUCGCCGCCCUCGAGGCCAGCGUCGCCGCCGAAGACGCCAUCCGCAACCCGCCCAAGCCACACAAGCUCCCCAAGGUGCCCGACACGGAACUGCCGGUCCCGCAGGGCGCAGAGGAAGAGGAGCCCGAGGCGCAGCAGCCGAUCCGGACGAGGCAACCCAUGUUGGCUUCAUGA